AUGCCACCAAAAAGUUCGCCCAACUCGACGUUCCAAAACCGUGAAAAACCGCAAGAGGUUCGCAAGGCCAACAUCAUUGCGGCGCGUGCCGUAGCAGACGCAAUUCGCACGUCUCUGGGGCCCAAGGGCAUGGACAAGAUGAUCAAGACAUCCCGCGGAGAGGUUAUUAUUUCUAAUGACGGCCACACUAUCUUGAAACAAAUGGCCAUCUUGCAUCCUGUGGCAAAAAUGCUGGUUGAAGUAUCGGCCGCUCAAGACACAGAGGCAGGCGAUGGUACGACUUCUGUGGUGAUCUUGACUGGUGCACUGCUCGGAGCUGCUGAAAAACUUCUCAGCAAGGGCGUGCACCCAACAAUCAUCGCGGAAUCCUUCCAGACAGCCGCCAAAAGAUGCGUAGAGAUUUUGCUGGAUAUGUCUGAGAAGAUCUCGCUUUCGGAUAAGCAAGCGUUGGUGCGUGCAGCAGCUACAUCUCUAAGCUCGAAGAUCGUGUCACAGCAUUCGUCAUUUUUGGCUCCACUUGCCGUGGACUGCGUGUUGAGCAUCAUCAAUGAGACAAGCACCAACGUGGACCUCUCCGAUAUACGUUUGAUCAAAAAGGUUGGGGGCACCAUAGAUGACACAGAGAUGGUCGACGGCGUGGUGCUAACUCAAAACGUGGUGAAAACUGCCGGCGGUCCCACCAGAAUCGAGAAAGCUCGCAUAGGUCUAGUGCAAUUCCAAAUCUCUCCUCCUAAGCCAGACACCGAGAACAACAUUGUGGUCAACGAUUAUAGACAAAUGGACAAGAUCCUGAAAGAAGAGCGUGCAUACCUUUUGAACAUCUGCAAAAAGAUCAAGAAAGCCAAGUGUAAUGUGCUGCUGAUCCAGAAAUCGAUAUUGAGAGACGCAGUAAACGAUCUUGCCCUUCAUUUCCUAUCCAAGCUGGGAAUCAUGGUCAUAAAAGACGUGGAGAGAGACGAAAUAGAAUUUUUGUCCAAGAGUCUGAACUGCAAGCCUAUUUCGGAUCCAGAGUUUUUCAGCGAAGACCGCCUUGGCUCUGCAGAUCUUGUGGAGGAAAUUGACAGCGACGGGUCCAAGAUUGUAAAGAUCACCGGUGUGAAAUCAAACACCGCUACUCCAACAGUAUCUGUUGUUAUUCGUGGUGCAAACAACGUUAUUCUAGACGAAACCGAGAGAUCGUUGCAUGAUGCAUUGUGUGUUAUUCGUUGUUUGGUCAAGGAAAGAGCAUUGAUUGCCGGUGGUGGCGCUCCUGAAAUUGAGGCAUCGCGGACUCUAACAAAAGAGGCCAGAGCUUUACAAGGCGUGGAGGCCUUUGUGUGGCAAGAAUUCGCUUCUGCACUUGAAGUCAUUCCAACAACGCUGGCCGAAAACGCCGGUCUUCACAGCAUUAACGUUGUCACUGAGCUGCGCACGCUGCAUGAAAACGGCGAAAAGAACGCCGGUAUCUCUAUUCGCAGAUCGGGCACCACAAACACCUACGACGAGCAUGUCUUACAACCGGUCCUGGUGAGUACAAGUGCAAUCACUUUGGCAUCGGAAUGUGUCAAGUCCAUCCUGAGAAUUGACGACAUCACCUUCAGCCGUUAA